CUCACUGUGAAAACACAUGGUUUUGUCACAUCUUCGACUUCAUCGGUGUAUUUAAUAUAAUUUAAGAGAUAUAAGAGGAGCAGCCAUUGCGCAUUAGACAAUGGCUAACAACACCCUGCAAUUCAAAACCAACUAUGCUGUCUCCAGCAAAAUCGAACCGUUCUACAAGGGAGGAAAAGUACAGAUCUCAAAAGAGGAAAAAUACAUCUUUUGUACGUGUGACACACGAGUGAACAUCUUGGAGAUCACAACAGGGAGAGUCAUUCGUAGUAUUGAGCAGGACGAUCAAGAGGACAUAACGUCUUUUGCACUGAGUCCCGAUGACGAGGUGCUGGUGACAGCCAGCCGGGCGCUGGUGCUGAAGCAGUGGGACUGGAAGGAGGGGCACUGCGUGCGCAGCUGGAGGGCCAUCCACAACACCCCAGUGGCCAGCAUGACCUUCGACCCCAGCUCCACGCUGCUGGCCACAGGAGGAUGUGAUGGCACCAUUAAGCUAUGGGAUGUCCUGAAGCAGUAUUGCACACACAACUUGAAAGGCUCCUCUGGGGUUGUGCACCUGGUGCAGUUCCACCCGGACAGCAAUGUCCUGCAGCUCUUCUCGUCCUCCCUGGACUGCGGUAUCCGCGUGUGGGACCUGCGCUCCAGCACGUGCGUGUGUGUUCUGGAGAGCCACUACAGCGCCGUCACGUCGCUGGCCUUCACCCCCGACGGCAGCGCGAUGGUCAGCUCAGGGCGGGACAAGAUCUGCACGGUGUGGGACCUGAAGUCUCGAAAAGUGGUGCGGACAGUGCCUGUUUAUGAGGCAGUGGAGGCUGUCGUCUUGCUCCCAGAGAGUGGAGAUUUCUCUCAGAUCGGAGUGAAGUCCAAAGGGCUGCACUUCAUCACUGCGGGGAGUAAGGGCUUGCUCAGAGUAUGGGAGGCCAGCUCCGCCCGCUGCGUGUUCACCCAGCCCAUCCUGGUUGGCCCCCUGCCCCCCAGUGGUGAGGGCGGAGCCGAGGAGGAGUGGGACCAGCGCAGCCUAACCCACUGCCUCCACCUGCCCGGCUCUGCCCGCCUGGCAACCGUCACCGCCGAGCACAACAUCCUGCUGUACCAGCUGCCCUCGCUGUCCGUGCAGCAGCAGUUUGUGGGGUACAAUGACGAGGUCCUGGAUCUGAAGUUCCUGGGCAAGGGGGACAGUCACAUCAUCGUGGCGACCAACAGCCCCCAGUUAAAAGUGUUUGAGCUUGCGACCUCCAGCUGCCAGAUCCUGUAUGGUCACACAGAUACGGUGCUGGCGCUGGAUGUGUUCCGGAAAGGAUCGAUGUUUGCGAGCUGUGCAAAGGACAAGACAGUCCGAGUGUGGCGGAUGAAUACCGAAAGUGGGGAGGUGCGCUGCAUGGCGCAGGGAUCUGGGCACGCCAACGCCGUCGGAAGUAUCUCCUGCUCAAGGCUGAAGGAGAAUUUUGUGGUGUCCAGCAGCCAGGAUUGCACUCUCAAAGUCUGGGACAUUCCGGAGCACCAGGGAGGCACAGGGGACGUAGAGCAGCUGUCUGUGAGGGUGACAGAGAAGGGACACGACAAGGACGUGAACAGCGUGGCCGUUUCCCCCAAUGACAAACUUCUGGCCUCAGGCUCCCAGGACCGCACGAUCAAGCUGUGGUCAGUGGCCGACCUGGGCCUCCUGGGUGUGUUCCGGGGCCACCGGCGGGGUGUGUGGUGUGUGCAGUUCUCUCCCAUGGACCAGGUCCUGGCCAGCGCCUCGGCCGACGGCUCCAUAAAGCUCUGGGGGCUCCAGGACUUCAGCUGCCUCAAGACAUUUGAAGGUCAUGAUGCCUCGGUGCUGAAAGUCAUCUUUGUGAGCCGUGGGUGUCAGCUGGUCACAAGCGGCUCCGACGGGCUGGUAAAACUGUGGAACAUCAAGACCAAUGAGUGUGUCAAGACCCUGGACGCCCACCAGGACAAGGUUUGGGGCCUCCACACCAACCGCAAGGACGACCAGGUGGCGACUGGAUCGGCAGACUCCACCAUCGUACUGUGGACAGACGUCACGGAGGCCGAGCUGGCAGAGGAACAGGCCAAGCAAGAGGACCAGAUUUUGAAGCAGCAGGAGCUGUCCAAUCUGCUCCACGAGAAGAAGUACCUGAAGGCGCUGGGUCUGGCCAUCUCACUGGACCAGCCGCAGACAGUCCUGCGGGUCAUUAAAGAGAUCCGUCAGGGGAAGGAUGGCGGUCAGCAGCUGGAGGGCACACUGCUGCGGCUGAGACAGGAUCAGAAAGAGUCGCUGCUGCGGUACUGCUCGGUGUGGAACACAAACGCUCGCAGCUGCCUGGACGCACAGGCCGUGAUCGGGGUGCUGCUCACACACCACACUCCAGAAGAGCUGCUGCAGUACCAGGGGGCCCGCGGCCUGCUGGAGGCACUCAUCCCUUACACUGAGAGACACAUGCAGAGGAUUGGCCGCUUGCUGCAGUCAUCCAUGUUCCUAGACUACAUGUGGCAGAAAAUGCGAGUGACUGGCCAAUCAAGCGGGGACGGCCAGGAUGAAGAGAUGGACACGUCGCCCCUCGGGACGCCCCAUCUGCCAUUCUUCCUGGACAAACAGCCCAGUCGGGAUGGGAGGGACAGCUGUGGUGAAGAGCACGAGGAAGAGGAAGAGGAAGAGGAAGAGGAGGAGACCCACAGGGUAGAUGACGAGGGCCGUCAGGAGGAUGACAGGGACGUCAGCGCCGCUGACAGGAAGGCCACCUGCAAUGGGAGGCGGGGCACGGGGGGGAAGGAGAACAUGGACCCGUCCCCCCUGGUGGAGGGGAGCUCCGACAAUGACGACCAGGGUGAGAGCGAACACGGGAACAAACAGGCCAAGAUCAGCCAGCCAGCAGCAGAUUCGUGCAUUGAACUAAUGCUGACCAGGUGAUCAAGGGUGAGGUCACAGGGUUCGUACAGCAAGGCCCACGUUAUGCAAUAUGGAGAUCUGUGGUCUUUCAACCAGCAGCCAAUUAACACCUGGAAAAACCAGCAAUUCAAGUCCCCGUCAAGACACUGUAUGAGGUUAAGUAAUGAGACCUGAACUGGGACAAAAAACAGAAACCUGCUGAUCUCCAGCAGACUGCUGUGCUACACUAAACUUCUGGAAAAGACGUAAUAUAAAACAUGUGCGAAGUCCCUCUUAGCAGACAUCAGUGAACCUGGAGUUCAGUUAUGUACGCUGUGUAAUUGCAUAUUGGAUAAUUGCAUACUCUGGUUUAAUGCAAUGUUGCUGGAUCCUGUUUUAUAUCCACUUACUUACUCUUGCUAUGUGUAUACUCUGGUUGAGUAUCUAAGUUCUUCCAGCCCAGUGAUUGCAGAAGUGUACUGUAUUUUCAUUUACCUUAUCUUCAACUGACUAAUUAGACAUGAAAAUUCCAACACGAUCUGUUUAGCGAGAUUAGAUUGGCUUUAACAAGGUGCCUGUAGCCGUAUUCAAAGAUGUUCAGGUGUCUCCCCCCAGACAUUUGAAGAAUAACUUUCCAGUCGUGCCACCUGUUUUGCUACGUUCCAGGAACAUCUGCAGCGUCUUGCGUAGCAUUUCUUUGUGUAGUUAAUAGCUCAUGUCAUACAGACGGAAUGGUUCUAAAGAAACAGCGAAACAAGCAGACACACUCCUCAUGGAAAAAAUGACAUACUUCCUGUGUUGCAGUGCAGCAGAAUUAGGGUCUGCAAAUGAAGACAGUGUGUUUCAGGUCACAUAUGCAAACAGAAUCAUUCAGGCAAACUGUCACCAUCAUUGGUUUUAACCAGGAAGUGUUUACAGGAAUGUGCAUUACAGGAAUGUAUCCCACUCCUGCUGUACAGUACAAUACAAUGGUCUUUUAUUUCAUUUUGACUGUAAUUUUACC